GGUGUCUGCGGGUCGAGAAACACACGAAAAUUUGCUGUCGAUAAUACUUUAAUAGCAGUAAUUUUAGUGCAAGUACUGUUGUCGCCGUCGUUUUAACUUUUUUAAUUGCCGAUAACGAAUAACGGCGGCGGGGCUAUGUGUUAUCGUUUUCAGCGGCGUUGGCUGUAACGACGAUAAAAUUAAAAAUAUAUAAAUAAUAUAAUUAACUUCCCGUGCGUGCAAUAGCUCGGUUUAAGUGUAUCAUAGAGAUAAUGAAUAAUUAUGCUAUAACGAUGUAAUAAAUUAUAAUAAAAAAAAAAAAAAUUAUCUUAACCAAUAAGCAUUGCGAGCUCAGCGACCGGACGGACGAGAAGCGCUCCGUUGUUAAAUUCGAUAAUAAUAUGUCAGUGUCGUAAAGCACUUCAAGUUCAUUACAACGUAGGGUUCGUGAAAUUGGGUUCGAUUCCUCUUUUCCAGUGCUCAAAAAUAUCGACAUUCGACGUCGUUGGUCCGGUCAGUCUUCGAGAUCGUCAUGCACGUCGUUUGCGACGGACCUAAACCGUCGACAAACGCCUCCAAGCUGCCGGUCUUCAAUCUAGUCACUGUCUGUCGAUGUCCCGAAAUUUUGAUCUAGGAUGGAUGUGAACGGUCCUCAUUCACCGACGAACGACUAUACCUAUGGACGGUUUGCUGCUCGUCUACGAUACUACUAUGAAUUAGCCAACAGAUUAGGAAAGUGAUUUUAAAUUAAGAGCAAUGAAAAGUGAUAUUUUAUAUUUUAGCCGACCGGGCAUUAAAAAAAAUGCCAUAUUAACCUUUUGUAUUGGUGUAAUAUUUGGUAUAUUUUUUGCUUAUACUACAAUAUCCAUUACUGAAUGCCAUUUCAAAGAUAUUAAAAUACUACCAUCGAAGUUUUCAUAUGAUUCAGUUAGAUACCAUGAUUCUCAUUCACAUGGACAUGAUAAUGAAGGUUCAUUCAAUGAUUCAGUCGUUAUGAAAGACCAUGGGGAAAAUGAAACAUUGCAUUUUCAUGAAGAUCUUGUGGCUCAAGAGCUCAAAAAACGAAUUAGAGUUCUGUGUUGGAUCAUGACUAGUCCUAGUAAUCACCUUAAAAAAGCAAGACAUGUAAAAGCCACAUGGGGUAAACGUUGCAAUACAUUACUUUUUAUGAGUACUGCUGAAGAUAAAAGUUUACCUUCUAUUGCAUUACCAGUUAAAGAGGGUAGAGAAUACCUCUGGGGCAAAACUAAAGAAGCAUUUAAAUACAUCUAUAAACAUUAUCAUGAUUAUGAUUAUGUAUUGAAAGCUGACGAUGACACGUAUGUUAUUGUUGAGAACUUGAGGUAUAUGUUAACUUCAUUCAACCCAAAAGAUCCAAUUUUUUUAGGUUGCAGGUUUAAACCUUAUGUUAAACAAGGAUACAUGAGUGGUGGUGCAGGUUAUUUGUUAAGCAAAGAAUCAGUUAGGAGGUUUGUUGAAAAAGCUAUACCUCAUAAACAAUGUCGGCAAGAUAAUGGUGGAGCUGAAGAUGUAGAAAUUGGUAUUUGUCUUCAAUUAGUUGGAGUAAAAGCCGAGGAUACUAGAGAUAGUUUGGGUCGUGGACGAUUCUUUCCAUUUAUUCCAGAACAUCAUCUUAUACCUGGACAUACAGAUCCAAGUUUUUGGUACUGGAAGUAUAUUUAUUAUCCAAUAGUAGAGGGUAUGGAUUGUUGUUCAGAUACCGCCAUUUCAUUCCAUUAUGUUAAUCCUAAUAAUAUGUAUGUACUUGAAUAUCUAAUUUAUCAUUUACGACCGUAUGGAGUGACUCAAAAUAUUGAUCAAUCUACCAUAAACAAAAUCUAUCUUAACAAAGAAAGUAAUGCUACUAAGACUGAUCAGCCAAUAAACAAAACACAAAACGUAUAAACUUUAAUUACAUUUUAUUGUGAUUACAUUUGACUUUAAUAUUGUAUAUUAUUUAUUAUUAUAUUUAUAUACAAUCUAGAAUAAUUAUUAGUUCCGUGCCAUUUACACGUUCUGUUUUUGUACAGAACAUCUUUACUAGUCAAUAACUUAUUGGCAAAUCCUAGUCAAUUUGCUCAUAAAGUUCUUAUUAAUGGAGCUUGAUUUCUUGAAUUUGUUCUUAUUAUCUAAAUGAACAAAAUAAUUAUGCACCAUAUUUAUUUAUUUCUGUGGUCAUUUUUUGUUAAAUUAUAAAAUAAAAUGUUAUAUUAUAAUAUUAUCUUGAUUAAAUACAUUUUAAAAUGUUGUAAAAUGAACCAAAGAUAUUAUUUUAUAUUAGCUUAUAAAUGUCACUAAUAAUAUUUUUUUGCUAUUAGUGAAUUUUUUGUUCACUAAUAAAUAUUUGUUCUUAAAUGUAAUAUAUAGUAACUAUACUACUUAUUCUUGUAUUGAAAAUAAAGGGAAUUUAUAUAUUUAAA